GAAGGAAUGUUUUAGCAGCGGACUGCGAAAUGAAGGGUCUGUUUUUCCUCCUCCUUCUCGUGCAGCUCCUUGCUGCUUCGAUUGCUGUGUACAAACAAUGGAUUCCGAACACCAAUUUUGAAAAUGCUUCCAACUGGGAUAAAGACAGAAUCCCGUGUGCUAACGAUGUGGUCCUUUUCAAGAGUAAUCAGGAGAUCUCGGUCUUCGUCCAGUCAACUCAUUCUCUGACAGACAUGUACCUUCCAUUGAAUGGAGAGUUCAUCAUGACACCUGGUGCAGGAUUUGCAGCUUUUGAUGGCAGCUGGGAUCCAGGCUGUGACACAGGUUCAACUGUCUCAUUCACUGAUGCUGAGAAGUAUAAGUGGCAUGACCCUGCACUAUGGCAUGCUGCAACCUCCUUGGAGGACCUAGACCAGGGCAAGUACAUCUUCGCAGUGGAUGAAGAACGUGUCCCAUGCCAGUACGAUGAUGUUAUCUUUCAGCCUGAAACCUCCUUCCGAGUAAACAUCGACUCAUCUGAGCGAAUGAUUCAUCUCCGAAGCAUCUCUAUAAUGGGACAGAAGUUCACCAGUGACGCGGCCUUAGCUGAGUACAUGCAGAGAAGCUCGGCCAAGCUGCAGUUCCACGGCAACGGGACCUUCCAGGUGACGAACGCCAGGUGUCCGGACAAAUCGGGCUGUGAGUGUGGAAAUGCUGGGGAACAUCGACAGAUCUGCGCUGCCUUGCUCGGGGAUUCUGGGACUCGGUGCCCAGUGCUUGUGUGCAAGGACCCCUUCCAGCCAGUCGGACACUGCUGUGAAAUAUGCGGAGCCACUAUUUCACUGGAAUACACUCCUGGUUUCGACAUUAGGCAGUAUCAGAACAGAAUUCUUCACGCCUUCCUGAGCCUGCCAAAAUACGCAGGUGUUCAGAUGGCUAUAUCCAAGGUGCGUAAACCUCAGACUUCACGGAACUCCAUUCCAGUCAUCCAGAUUGUGCUAAUGGAUGAUAAGACGGGGUCACAGACGGGGACUAAUGCUGAACAGUUGGCUGAGGACAUCAUGCGGGACAUAGCAGAGCACGGUGACUCCUUUGGCAUUGUGACAGGUACAGUGCAAGUAGCCACUGGCAGUAAUUCUAGUGGACAAGAAGGCACCAUUGCUGAAGGCACCAUUGCUGGGACGGUUAUUGGUCUACUACUUGGGCUGCUGUUGCUUGGCAUAAUGCUGUUGCUUCAUAGGAAGGGGAUGAUAAGAUUACCAUCCGUACACUUGGCAGGCCUGCGGAACAGAAAGGAGGACCAGGAUGUUCUGGCAGGACCAAGUGACAAAGGGUUUGACAAUCCUAUAUUUGACAUGCCGACCAACAGCGCUGAGUCACAUGGUGCAUACUCCGGAGAGGAGGCCCGGAAGGAGAUGGCUAGUAAAGACAAUGGGAUUUAUUUUGUUAACCCUUUAUAUAAUGAAACUGAACUCAUUGCUUAAUAGCAAAGUCCUGAGCGGUCCUAGCCAAAUGUGAGGUUGGAAUAUAAUUUCAUUCAGGCUAAUAUUUUACCCAGUGUACAGCAACAGUUAUCCCAGGAUAAUCCUCUAUGGGCACACUUUUAUUUUGCAAUAAGAGUGGCUUUUAUUUGGUUAAUCUAAACCUCUUCCCAAGUGUUAUAAAUUAAAGCAGAAAAAGCCACUCUUAUAUCGGAAAAAGUGUGUCCACAUGCAGGGAUUAUACACCGGUAUACUAUAUCUGUUAAAUUCCCACCUUAGUUUAUACCAAAAAGCCUUUACCAUGUAGACAAGGUCUAAAUAAAAUCCCCCUUUAUCAUCACUGGUGUAUGAGUUCUUCAGUUCCUGUCCUAAACUGUCAUUUUGUGUUGCUUCUAGAGCUGCCCCAAAGAUGGCUGCAUUUCAGUGGUGGGUGAAGUAGGGUGACCAGACAGCAAAUGUGAAAAAUCAGGACAGGAGG